AUGGCUGACCCUCUCUCCGUCGCCGGGUUGGCCUUGGCCGUGGUAUCGCUAGGUCUCCAAGUCACUGUGAGUAUCACGGAUUACUUUGAUUCUCUGAAAUCCCGCGGCCAAGACAUAGCCUCUAUAAUACAGCAGAACGGCACGCUGAGGAAGACACUCCAAGUUAUCGAAAUAUCAAUCUCUCGGUUUCAGAACGACCACAGAACUGCAGUCGAGGCAUUGCGACAAAGCUUGGACUCGUGUAAAGGAGAGCUGAAGGGUUUAGAGAGCAUGGUAGCGACGCUCAUUACUAACGAGCAAGGCACAACUGGUCGGGGGAAUAAGGCUCGGAACAAGGGCAAGAAACUGUUGUAUCCAUUGCAUCGCCCAAAGCUCGAGCAAAUUGCGACAAAAUUACAUCAUAUCAAUGCGACUCUUCAGUUAGGAUUGCAAAAUCUAGGACUGGCUGUAUCACAUCUGGGGUCCGAGAAGUUAGCUACGCUACAGGCAACCUCACAGACUAUUUCUAGUGAUCUCCUAGUCGUUCAGUCUGAGGUUUCCGCUAUAAGCACUCCUAUUAGAGGUAUACAAAGCACUGUAUCUCAAUUUGAGACACGCUUUGACGGCCUUGAGAAUUUACUUCAACAGCUGCUUGUCCAAGGUUCGGCCAUCAACGGAACACUACAAGAGAUCACCCCUUUGAUGGUUACCGGACGGCUUCUCGGAAAGCCGGCAGUAUUGCAAGAGAUGUGUGACGCUGUCAAGACUCCAGCGCGGCACAUGUCAAAGCGGAAAAUCUCAGUACCACAUGAAAGUGCAGUAAGAGUCAGAACAGCUCUUUCGAGUUAUGUCGGAGGCCGCUUCGCAUGCUUAUGUCGUCACCGCCGGCACCGCCAGCGCAAGAAUGCUUCCUGGGGCUCCUUGAGCCUUUCUCACGAGACAACAACCGAGCAGCAUGCGCCCGGGUGUCCAGCUACUCAAGCAAUAUCAGAACCGGAUCGAACCCAGAAAUUCGCCUUGACCUACGUUGGACUUAGGGCUCUGCUCAACUCAGCUAUCCAGUUUUCAUUUACCAUUCGGUCUGGGGCAGGAGGAUGGAGCCUCGGCCCCAAUUUCACCUACUAUCCUAUUGUUGACUCAGAGUCUGCACCAGCUUUUAGGAUGCUCUCCCUACUGAUGCGGUCUCGGCACUACCCGUGGUCUGAAUAUGAAGACCGCGGCUUCCUUGAAGAUGGAGCAUGGCGUGAAGAGCUGCUACCCUCUGUGGUGUCCUCAAUACUGCGUUUAUUUCGAGCUAAGCAGGCGUCUCCUCGAGCAGUCGACGAUAAGAACCAGUCUCUAGUGUACCAUGUGGCUGAAUGUGUGAGUCCCAAUCCAUUUCCUAGUUGGUUUAGUAAAAGCUUAUGA